AUGUUACGUGAAGUACUGACAUCGACUCUAUUUGCCUUCGUGGUCUUGAUUCCAGAUGGAACAUCUAAGUUGUACGGGCAAACCCGAAGUGCAAAAAGUCCAGAUCCGCCAAUGCCACCAAAAUGUGGCAACGCAACUCCCAAAGACGAUGACUUAGAAGAUUUAAAGACUGAAAUAGGACAUAACUUAGUCGAACUUUUUUUGUAUGAAGGCAGAAUGGUACCAUUAUACAACUGCACCUUAGAAGCGAUGGCGCUCAAUCACACUUUUAACGUUACAGAUACCGAGCAUUUAAGCUUCUUGGGAGAUUUGAGUCCGCAAGAACGUGCACAGGCCGACACAGUUGCAGUUAUGUUGUACACGCAAUUUGGGGAUUAUCCAAAUAACACAGUGCAUUGGGGAUGCAAUUUGGAGAAUAUCACCUUAUACUAUCCUCUACGGAAAGGAGUAUGCAUUGUAGUCACAAACAAAACCACUCAAGUUCACCCGAGGUUUGUUUUAAUGCAUUAA